AUGUUCCCGACGGUGCGUGUCUCUUUCGCGGGAUGCCGCGCUGAGGCGCGUUACGGCGUUCUACUGGACGUGGUGCCCGUGGAUAGCAAACGCUAUCGCUACGCCUACCACCGGUCGUCAUGGCUGGUGGCGGGCAAAGCGGAUCCUCCCGCGCCAGCGCGUCUUUACCCGCACCCUGAUUCUCCCUUCUCGGGCGACCAGCUGCGCAAACAGGUCGUCUCUUUUGAAAAGGUCAAGCUCACUAAUAACGAAAUGGACAAAAACGGACAGUUGGUGCUGAACUCCAUGCACAAAUAUCAGCCUCGUAUCCACCUAGUUCUCCGACGGGAGGGCGCGGUGAACGCUCCCAUAACAGAUCUGGAGCAAGAGGAAUUCAAGACAUUUAUCUUCCCGGAAUGCGUAUUUACUGCUGUCACAGCUUACCAAAAUCAACUUAUCACGAAGCUUAAGAUUGACAGUAAUCCGUUUGCAAAGGGAUUCCGCGACUCAUCUCGUCUUACGGAAUUCGAAAGAUUCUAUAUCACCGGAGAGCACGAAAGACCGCCAACAUUCUCUGACGAUGCGCGUUUCGGCGCUUCGAAUUAUAGGGAGACAAUGGAGUCCAUGCUGGCGGAGCAACAUUAUUUGCGGUCGCCGCUUCGGCCGUUCGACUUGGAUCAGCAUAAUAACAAUUUGACGUUGGAAGAGAAGGCAAUUUUAGCAGCGCGUUCGCAACUCUUCCUUCGGGCUGCGUAUCCACUGUAUGGGGUUCCAGCUGCCGCUCUAUGGGGACAGUGGGCUUGUUUAGCCCCACAACUCCUGGCUCAACAACAUUUAGCGUCGGGAUCGGGGCUUCAAUUGCCGCGACCGGUCUAUCCGGGUGGAGUCCCGGCGCCUCUUUCUCAACACCGGUUCUCGCCAUAUCCUCCUCGAAGGUCGUCUCCGGGGUCCUCUCCUGACUCUCUGCGGGACCCAAGCCCACACCCACAUCCAUCACAUACGCCGCACACACCGCACCCGCCGCAUAGUCCCACUUAA